AUGUGCAGACCAUAGACUUUCCCGAAGUAAUGAAAUACAGCACAACAAUGCUUUAUAUUGACCUGAUUAUACCAUCAGGAACACCAUAAUGUCAUCGGCAAUACUUUAUAAAUAUGUUAAGUCAAUAUUCUUACACUUCCGAUGGUAAGCCAUAUUUCUUUUAUUUGCUGACUUAUCAAGAAGUUCUGACAAGACAUUCAUGCAAAUUACAAAUAGAUAGGAAGAUAGAGCAAAUCCCUGUCACAAUUUUCUUGUGUUCUAUUUUAUUUAGAAAAUAUAGAUUAGAAAUGUAAUUUUACAAUCUUUCUCUAUCCUCAUUCUCUUCACGAUGCAUUAAUGUUGCGAUUGGGUUAUUCUAUUUUGUCUAAUAAAUAUGAUACAAUAUAACAUAAGAUAUGUACACUAUACAUACCACAAAAUUCACGCGUAGAAGGAGAAAUCAGUCAGUUUCCUUACCAAACUGUCACAUCAAAAGUAUUAUUUCAUAUAUGGUUAGAUUUUAAAGUUUUUCUCUAAUAUAGUCAUCUAGCUAGUUCAUCCAUAAUACAUAACGGUAGCAUAAAAUGUUAUUCAAAAACGUAUUAUGGUUUCAAAGUCAAAAGCUUUGAACUUUUCAAGACAUGCCUACUCGCCGGUCAACUUCUUUCACCUUCGUCUAUCUGUGUAUAUACAUAAAUACGUAUCUCAUGACUGCAAAUAAACCAAAAAAAAAUGAGGAAGAGGUCAAACAAAAUAUACAAUAUAAAAAACAGAUAAACCUGAGUUUGUUAAUUUUUAAUUUAGUCGAAGUUAUACUAUGUUAGAUAGUGUUACGGGGGAGAAAAUUUCAAAGGGAAAGCUUUUUGUCCUGUGAGCUCUAAUGGCGGAUAAGGUGGACGAAAAAACGCUACAGCAGACUUCCACCUGGGCGGUCGCUGUGGUUUGCUUCUUCUUGCUUCUAUUUUCGAUUGUCAUUGAGAAACUGAUUCACAAACUUGGAACCUGGUUUAAGAUUAAGAACAAAAAAGCUCUGUACGAAGCUCUAGAAAAAGUGAAAGCAGAGCUUAUGCUGAUGGGAUUCAUAUCACUAUUGCUAACAAUUGGACAAAACUAUAUAUCGCAAAUUUGCGUCUCCGAGAGCAUCGCAGCAUCAAUGCACCCUUGCAGUGAAUCUGAAGAGGCGAAAAAGUAUCCACCUAAGAAAAAAGAUACCAAAAAUGAUGAAGAAAACUCUGGUCGAAAGCUUCUUGAGUUAGUCCAAUCUUACAUUCCUCGCCGGAGUUUGGCUACCAAAGGUUAUGACAAGUGUGCAGAGAAGGGAAAGGUUGCUUUUGUAUCGUCUUAUGGGAUGCAUCAGCUGCAUAUAUUCAUCUUCGUUCUCGCGGUUUGUCAUGUGAUCUACUGCAUUGUUACUUAUGCUCUAGGCAAGACCAAGAUGAGAAGGUGGAAGAGGUGGGAAGAGGAGACCAAGACAAUUGAAUAUCAGUAUUCUCACGAUCCUGAGAGGUUUAGGUUUGCGAGGGAUACAUCUUUCGGGCGUAGACAUUUGAAUUUCUGGAGCAAAUCAACUAUUACACUGUGGAUUGUAUGUUUCUUCCGACAGUUCUUUGGAUCUGUUACUAGAGUUGAUUACUUAACACUAAGACAUGGUUUCAUCAUGGCCCAUUUGGCUCCAGGGAGUGAUGGGAGGUUCGAUUUCCGGAAGUACAUUCAGAGAUCAUUAGAGGAAGACUUCAAAACCAUCGUCGAAAUCAGUCCUGUGAUUUGGUUUGUCGCCGUGCUAUUUCUCCUGACCAACACAAACGGAUUGCAUUCUUUCCUCUGGCAACCAUUCAUUCCAUUAGUUGUGAUUCUUAUAGUUGGGACAAAACUUCAAGUGAUAAUAACAAAACUUGGACUUCUAAUCCAAGAGAAAGGAGACAUAGUGAAGGGCAUGCCGCUUGUUCAGCCCGGUGAUCACCUCUUUUGGUUCGGUCGCCCACGUUUUAUUCUCUUCCUCAUUCACUUAGUCCUUUUCACGAAUGCGUUUCAACUAGCUUUUUUUGCCUGGACAACGUAUGAGUUCCAGCUCGAGAACUGUUACCACAAAACCAUUGUAGAUGUGGUCAUCAGAAUUUCAGUUGGAGUUAUUGUACAAAUUCUUUGCAGCUACGUUACUCUUCCUCUUUAUGCUCUAGUGACUCAGAUGGGUUCGAAGAUGAAACCUACAGUGUUCAACGAGAGAGUAGCAACAGCUUUAAAGAGUUGGCAUCACACAGCUAAGAAACAGAUCAAACAUGGAAGAACCUCAGGAUCAACGACGCCUUUCUCUAGCCGUCCAACUACACCUACUCACGGUUCUUCUCCGAUCCAUCUCCUCCGCAACGUCCACAAACGAAGCAGAAGUGCGGAUGAAAGCUUUGCGAACACGCUGUCUCCAAGAAACUCUAACUUUGAUUCAUGGCGUCCUGAGCCUCAGCAAGAACCGUCUUCUUCUUCUGCAAAUCAUCAUUCUAGGUUCAGAAAAGAAGAUUCAGAGAAGAUGAAGCCCUCUUCUUCAUCUUUGGAGCUUCCUCCUGGACCUGGACAAAUACGUACUCACCAGCAUGAGAUUAGUAUAAGCUUAAGGGAUUUUUCCUUUAAGGAAUGAUUUAUUUUCUCAAUGAUUAUUAGUGAUUUGUUAAUAUGUUUAUAAGUUUAUAUGCAAACAGUGUUAUUGUAUUUGUACAUUUCAGCUUAUUUAUGCAUAAUUGCUGUUGUUAUA